AUGUUAUCAGAUUACCCACACAAAUAUGAGGAAUAUCGGUCACACCAGCGACAACGACAACUGACUGUAACUCCCGAGGAAUCAAUGGAAGAAUCUAAGCCAGAAGAGAAAAUAAUGAAAGUUGAAAUGAAAGUGGAGAAACCUAUUGAGCAAAAACCUGAGUUACCAAAAGUUGACCCAGAGAAAACUCGAUUGGACAUGGCCGCGGCUGCGAUAGCGUCGGCGAGCGAGUUCAACGCGUGGGUGAACGCGUCGCGGCGCGUGGCGUGCGCGGACCUGCAGUCGCUGACCGUGCUGAGGCCGCGCGCCGCGCCCGCCGCGCCCGCGCGCCCGCACCUGCGCCCGCCCGCCGGCUUCUACCCGCACGCGCUGCUGCCCGGCCAGUACCAGCACUCCUACCGCCUCUACUCGCCCGAACAGCUCAGGUAUUUUCCACUGAACACAGUGCUGGCAGCGCCGCCAGCACCGGUGUCGACGACGGACUGGAGCUCGGAGUCGGAGCCAGAUUGGGGCUCACACUGUUCCUCCUCUGAUGAUUCUGAUCUACCUUCACAUUCAUCCGCCAAACGCAAGAAAUUAACAAAAGUUAAACGCGUGAGUCACGCAGAAGCGUCGACGAGUAGCAUAAAAGAGGAGCCGCGAGACGAAGUGGUGGACCUGUGUCGCGUGUGCAAGCUGCGCCUCGAGGCCAACCGCAAGUACACGCACGAGCGCUUCCUCGUCUGCGCUAACUGUAACGCCAAACUACAUCCUUCGUGCGUGGAGUUGAGUGCGGACACUAUCCGCAAGUGUCGGGAGUACCCGUGGCAGUGCGCCGAGUGCAAGACGUGUUGUUCGUGCGGGAAGCCUGCCGACGAUGACAAGAUGUUGUUCUGUGAUCUCUGUGAUCGAGGAUUUCAUAUUUACUGUGUUGGAUUGGAUACCGUGCCCAGUGGUCGGUGGCACUGCGUGGAGUGCGCCAUCUGCAAGUCGUGCGGGGCGCGCUCGCCGGGCGGGCUGGCGCCCCCCGCCCCCUCGCCUGCCGCCCCCUCGCCCGCCGCCCCCUCGCCCGCCGCCCCCGCCGACUGGCACCACCAGACGCGGCGCGGGCCCGGCGGGCACAAGGUCUACUCGCACUCGCUGUGCACGCCCUGCGCCAGGGCGUAUCGCAUUGGUCGCUACUGCCCGCUCUGCGAGCGCUCCUUCAUCGGCCCGAAGGGGACCAUGCAGCUCGUCAUAUGUAAGCUCUGCGAUAGGCAACUGCAUCAAGGUACGUCACAACCACCCACACGUAGAGCAUUCGCUUGCACCAGGCUAGACAUUACGUUGCGACUCGCCGCUCUACUGCAGCAUACCGAUUUUGCUGUUAAAUUACUUACAAUUAUAAAAUGCCGUCAACUCUCGAUCCUGGAAACGGGGCGUCUAUUAGGCUUAGUGAGUCUAGAGCUAGAACUGCGCGCACAGUACGGUGGAGGUAACCCGCGAUUGGUUGGUCCCGCAGACUGCGUUAGGCAGACGGUGUCGUCGCUGAACGUGCUGGACUACACGUGCGCGGAGUGCCGGCGCGGCGGCAUCACGUCGCGCGCGGCCGCCGUGCGCCUGGCGCCGCGCACCAUUGCCACGCUGUUCAUGGCCAAGCGCCGCUUCAACAAGUACGCGCACCGCCAGUACAUGCAGAGCCGCCUGCGAGAGCGCGCCCCCGACGCGCCCGAGGCCCCCGACGACAACUCCGUGGACGUGCUCGACGACCCGCUCGACGUGCCCGCCGACGCCCCCGAGUGA